GAGGCAAGAGAAGGGUUUCCUGUCUUCUAUCUGCCCUCUUAUAUCUACUAAACGAAAUUGAUCACCUUUCUUUCACAACCCUUCAUGCCCUGAAGAAAAGGCAGUUCCAAGGUGGUUGUUAAGCUGUCAAUCUUAUCAAUCAAUCAUCAGUCAAUCAACCAGAAAAGCAAUCAUCAAUCAAUUUUUAAAAGAGUUGAAAAGGCAAUCAAAAACACCAUGUCCUCCUCUUCUACUCUGUCUUUGGACCACCUCCCUCCCUCCGAGCAGCUCUGUUAUGUUCAUUGCAACAUUUGUGACACUGUUCUCGCGGUGAGUGUUCCUUGCACAAGUCUAUUCAAGACUGUUACUGUUCGAUGUGGUCACUGCACCAACCUCCUCCCAGUCAACAUGCGUGGGUUGAUUUUGCCAUCUGCUAAUCAGUUUCACUUGGGUCACAGUUUUUUCUCUCCUUCACAUAAUCUUCUGGAUGAGAUCCCAAACCCAUCUCCAAAUUUCUUGAUCAGUCAAAACAAUGUUAAUGAUUUUAGCGUUCCCGCUCGAGGAGUGACUCAUGAUGAGCUUCCAAGGCCGCCGGUUAUCAACAGACCCCCGGAGAAGAGACAGAGAGUCCCCUCAGCGUACAAUCGCUUCAUCAAGGACGAGAUCCAACGCAUCAAGGCUGGAAAUCCUGAUAUAAGCCACAGAGAAGCCUUUAGUGCAGCUGCUAAGAAUUGGGCCCACUUUCCCCACAUUCAUUUUGGUCUCAUGCCAGAUCAGACUGUGAAGAAGACCAACGCGCGCCAGCAGGAAGGAGAAGAUGUUCUGAUGAAGGAUGGAUUCUUUGCUUCAGCUAACGUUGGUGUCUCUCCAUACUAAUUAAUAAUUAUGUUGUGGUACUCUUAGUUUUCUUUGAUCUCUCUCAAACUCUGGUGCUGUACUUCAAUUCUGCUCUUACUAGGGGCAGAAUGAUUUGAAGCUGAAUUAACAACUCUAAUCCACUUUCAUAUAACCCAUAUCUAUGACUACUAAUGUCUUUUAAUAUGGAAAUUUUAUCUUAUUAUGUACUUCUACAUGGAAGACAUAUAUUCUCUUUGUUCGAACAUUUAAUAUAUUUUUCAAGCAAUGUAGUUAGCUAAUUAAUCAAGCAACCAGUUUUUAUCAUGAUA